AUGAAUAAAUUUCAACAAAUUGGUAAAAAAUUUUGGAAAGCUAAAAGACUUGAUCUUUUGGAAUGGGUAUAUGAUAAUAGAUAUAAAAUUAAUUCAAUUGUAUCUGGCCCGGUAAGAUAUAGUAAUAUAUUUGCAAAUGAACAAUUUAUGAGAUGUUUAGAGAGUAAAUAA